AUGGCACAAGAGCAAUUAGAUAUCCAAGAUGCACAAACACAGUCUAAGUUAUCUGACGUUGAUCAGCUACAUGAUAAUAAACAUCGAAGAACCCAGUCAAAUAAUGAUUUUAAUGACGAAUCGUUGGGAAUAGUGAACGAAAAUGGAAAUGUUUGGGAUCGUAAAGAUUCUGUUCGAUGUGCACUAGCACAAUGGGGAUGUUGUGAACCGGUAAAUUCCAUUGUGUGCCGCUCUUUAAAGAAUAUUUUAGACUUUUCAAAAUUACUGAAACCAAAAAUUAACUACUAGAGAACGAUGCUGGGUGUUUCCAUGGAGUCCGUAUCACGAUAUACACAACUUUGUUCGCAUAAGCUGGAACCUUUUUCAAAUGAAUGACCCACGCGUGGGGUUAGCGUAAAUCGAGUUAAAAAUGUUUGAAAAUAUCGGCA